GCGACCCAUGGACGCCCCGCUGCUGCAGGAGUCGCCGCGCCGCGACACGGACGCUCCGCCGAACCCGCCGCUGACGUCCCCGCCGUCCCCACUGCCGCCGCCGCCGCCGCUUCACCCGGCGCCGGGGAAACAGCGGGAGGAGAAGAAAACGGCGCUGAGCAAAGUGGUUAUUCGAAGGCUUCCUCCUUGUCUAACCAAGGAGCAACUUGAGGAGCAGCUGCAUCCUCUACCUGCCCAUGAUUAUUUUGAGUUUUGCACUGCUGAUCCCAGCCUUUAUCCUCAUCUCUACUCAAGAGCAUACAUUAACUUUAGAAAUCCUGAGGACAUCCUUCUUUUUAGAGAUCGCUUUGAUGGCUAUGUCUUCAUUGAUAAUAAAGGUUUGGAAUAUCCUGCAGUGGUUGAAUUUGCUCCAUUUCAGAAGAUUUCAAAAAAGAAGCUGAAGAAGAAAGAUGCCAAAGCUGGGAGCAUUGAAGAUGAUCCAGAAUAUAGGAAAUUUUUAGAGAAUUAUUGUGCUGAUGAAGACAAGAUCUGUGCCAAUCCUGAGAUUCUUUUGGGAGAGAUUGAGGCCAAAACAAGGGAACUCAUUGCUAGAAGAACAACACCCCUUUUGGAAUAUAUUAAAAAUAGAAAAUUAGAAAAGCAGAGAAUUCGAGAAGAGAAAAGAGAAGAACGGAGGCGGAGAGAAUUGGAGAAGAAGCGUUUGCGGGAGGAAGAGAAAAGGAAGCGCAGAGAAGAAGAAAGACGUAAAAGAAAAGAAGUGGAGAAGCAAAAGAAGAUUUCUGAAAAAGAAAUAAGGAUCAAGCUUCUCAAGAAGCCUGAAAAAGGAGAUGAACUGGCCAGUGAAAAGCACAAAGGUGAAGAAGCUGACAUUGAGGAAAAUAAAUGGGAUAAAUCACCUGGAUCUGGGAGUAUAAAAUCCAAAUCUUUGGAGAGUUCACUAAAAGAAAUCAAGGAAAAGUCACAAAAUGAUAGUGACAAAGAGCAAAGAGAUUUGGAGAGAAGAUUUCGAGAAAAAGAACCUGAAAGACAAAGGAUCGUCCAGCCAUGCAGUUGUACCAGCCAGGAGCUCGCAUCCGAACACAUACGGGACCUACAAGUAAAACCUAUGACUGCAGUGGGAAACCCUUUGAAGAUGCUCUUGAUAAAAAGUAUGAGGCAGAUAAUUCAGCUGGAGCUAGUUCUGAAAAGACUGAAGAAACAGAAUAAAACAGUCUGGGGGAAAAGUCUUGUGAAAAGGAAUGAAUUUCAGAUUCAGCAUCAUCACAAAAAUCCAUUUGGCUGUUUCAGAACUCCACAGGCAAUUGCAUCAACAAAAUAAUAGCUCUGCCUCUUACUUUCUGUAAAAUAAAGGGAAGAGUGACUGGAGAUAUGUAAAAUAUCUUACAGCAAAGGAGUAUUGUUACUUUUUUGCAAAAAGCAGCUCAAGCACUCUUUGCCUAAUUUAAAAGCAGUUAAAAUAUUUUAUUAGAUUUACCUUGAAACAAAAGGCCCUCUAACAAUUUUGAGGGAGUAUUUAUAUAUGACUUUAGAGGAGCUAUGUCAGCUUCUUGAGUCUAAAGAAAUGAAAUGUAAAUUUGCAUCAGUUUGAAAUCUGAGGCACUUUACAUGUAUUUGGUGCAUGACAUGAGAGUCCACAGGACCCCUUCCUGCAAAUGGCAGGGGUGGGGGCUGCUGCAGGGUGUUGCAGAUGAACUCAGUGGGAUCAGCCCUGGGAUGAAGCUCUGGAGCCAGUGGUGUUUGCAGGAUGAGGCCCACAGUUUGCACAGUUGUGAGGAAUGUCCAGUGGUAUCUGUACCUCAUGGUGUUUACAUUGGUUUUCAAUUAACUGUAGUGUCAGAUAAGUGUUAGUAAAGCUACAAGUAUGUUGUUGGAGAGUUUGUCUUUUUCUGAGCCACUUUUGCCUUUUAUGUUUUAAUAGAUUCCUUGUGCUUAAACCAGAAGACAGCUAAUGCAAGCAUCAGCAUUAACAAUAAAUCUGGUUUUAAUUAUUUAGCUGUUUUUUAUCGUUCUGACACUUGACUUUUGGACAAAAAAAGUGGUUGUACAGUGAUGACUUUUUAUAUGCUAAUGUUUCAUAUAUAAGUUGCAGUAACAGGAUCUGGAAAAUGUAAAAUACAUGAGCAUUCUGCAGUUUUGUUUGUUAAAAAAUUAAACACACAUGAAUGUCAAUUGCAAACUGCCAUUUUGUAAGAUCCAGGCCAAAUUCUGCCCUCUAGGACAGGCACAUAUACAUGUGUGUGUGUGUGGGGGUGUGUGUGUCUUCUGUUGGUUUCAAUGAUAGAUGUGUGUUUAUGAAAGGGCAGGAUACGUUCAUUUAUCUUUCAUGGCUGAAAAUUUCUCAGCUGUCUAAAACUGAGACCUGCUUUGUCAUUGAAGUUAAAUAGUAAGAUAUUAUUUUUACAUUCUCUCUGAACAUUUUAUUAUUGAGCAUAACAUCUAAUUGUCCUAGACUGAAAAUUAUUUAUUGUAUUUUACCAGAUAUUAAGCAUUAAAUCGAAUAAAAGCAAAAAAGAUUUUGACUAUGA